AUGUCGAACCACCCGGCGCUGCCCGAGUCAGCAUACUCCGCCCUCGGGCUGCCCCCCAGUGUUGUCAGGAUCCUGAUGAACCCCAAGCCCCCACCGCCGACCACCGCAGCGCCCGAGCUGCACCAGAACGCAACAGACUUCGCCGAGCGCCUACCGGAGAAUGAAUCACACAUCAUGCUGUAUGCAGAGUUGCUGCUGCAUAUCCGCACUAUCACGCUGUUUGCGAGCCUGAGGAGCCACCAUACGAGGGAGACGAAGGUGCGACUCGAUGCCGACGGGAAUCUGAUCACGGUGUCGCAUGAGGGGUAUAGGGCGACUAUACGGCUCCCGAUCAAAGUCGAGGGGAAGGGCGAUGCGGCGCUUGAAUUGCCUGCGCAGCCGCCGAGUAAAGAGUUGACGCUGCGUUUGCAGAUGGAAGAGCAGGAGGAUAGCGAUAUGCUGGGCCUGAUGGCUGAGUCGCGCAAGGCGAAUAUUGUGCCUUGGGAUGGUGUGACUCUGAGCAAACAGGAGGGCGUUGAAGUCAGGUGUAAGAAUUGCGAGGGCGUGGUGCUCAAGAGUGGGACUGUACGGGAGUGGAAGGAUUUGCCGAAUGAGAAUUGGGCGGAGAUGAUGGAUUUUUGGCAUUGUCAUAAGCCGGAUGAACAUCAUCUGCAUGAUCAUACGCAAGAGGUUGGUGGACAGAAGGGGUAUGCUGCGGGCAAUCGCUUGAAGGCAACAGAGGGGGUGGGGUUCGUGGAUCUCACAGGCUUCCUACUGAAAGAGCAGGACUGUGAGGGCGCAAAGGUCUCCCCUGAUGAAGGGCCAUCGGAUGCAGCAGUCGUCUGCAAGCACUGCGGCCACAUCCUUGGCAAACCAGACACAUCAGCAGACGGUUGGCGAAUAUGGAAAUGGUGCCUCAGCAUCUCCUCCGGCCCAACCUCAUCACCCUUAUACAACACAUACAGCGUCCAGAAAUGGAUAUCAGCACGGCUCCUGUACCUCGUUGAGAACGUCGGCGUUCGCAAAUUCCACAUCCACCCUCCACCAUCCCCUUCAACAUCAGCAUCAGCACCCACGUCGCCUGCUUCAACGCCUUCCAUUCUCGUCUGGGUCUUCACACCAGACCUCAUGUUCUCCUCCUCGAUCCCGCGCCCGCACCGUACAGAUCCAACCCGAGCUGUCAAAUGCUUCUUCAGGAAGCAGACGUGGGCGUUGCUGCAGCCGGGUGAGCCAGAGAGCGCGACGGUCGAGGAUGUGGAGUUUCCAAGAGAGUUGUUUGAGGAGCUAGGGAACAGUCUGGAUGAAAGCCAGGAUGUGCUGCCGGCGACGGCGAGGAAGUUUCAGGGGUGGGACGUUGGGUUGUUGGAGAGGUUUGAUGUUGGUGAGGAGGUGUUUGGGGAGCAGGAUGGGGUAGGUGAGGGAAUGAAGGGGGUGGAGGGACUGGAUCUCGGUGAGGAGACUGAGGAGGAGAGAGGCAGACGAAACAGGCGAUCGUUGUCACAAGAGUCUGUCGAUUAA